ACAUUCACAUUGAGAAUGUAAUACGAAGCAUUUUUCUAAAAAUGGCAGCCACUAAAGAAAUGUUUUACUACACAAGGGUUAUAAUGAUAUUGUGUGGCAUAUGGAGACUAGAAAUUCAUAAAGCGCCAGUAACUCUUAAGGACAUAUAUCCAUUGUAUUCGGCUGUGGUACAAAUUUGGAAUGCCUUGACUCCGAUAUUACUAGGCGCCAACUUGCCGACGUUAUUCAGAUCGAAUAAUGUUGCUGUAGCGUACGAAACAUUAACCAGUUUCUUGUAUUCGGCUGUGCUAACUCUUAAAAUAUCUAUGUGUCAGAUGGGCAUACUUCCCAAACUGAUCAAGUUAGCUCUCGAUAAAGAGAGGCACUUGUAUAGUAAGUUGCGAGGGUGCAAUCCAGCAUUACAACAAAUUUACGAAGAACACGUUUUUUAUUGUAAUAAGUUGACCAAAAUAUUCUACCUUACCGUGGCUGGUGGCACCGUUUUCCACUUGGAAUUUGGUAUUGUAGAUGGCUAUAAUUUUUCCAAAUCACAAAAACACAGCAACGUCACCCUAAGCAAGCCGCUACCGCUUCAUUUUUGGUACCCAGUCGACGAGAAUAAAUACUACACUUGGAUGUUGGUGGACCAGUUGCUCAAAAUUGCACUGACGGCUUUUUAUAUUGCCGGUUUUCAAUCUUUCAGCACUUCGUUAUUUAUAUUCCUAAGGGCCCAAUUAAAAAUACUGCAGGAAAACUUUAGAAAUUUCCAUGAAUUAGAACCAUGGGAAAGUAGCGCAUUUUGGAGUUUAAGAACAGUCUGCUUAAAACACCAAGAAUUUAUAGGGUACGUCGAGGAUCUAAACAAGUGGAUAAAACCAAUAAUUUUAAUAGAAUAUGGUACGUCGUCGGUUAUGUGUGCCGGUUUAUUAUUUCAGAUAAUAGCGGAGGUCAAUGUAGCCUUUAACGUGGUGUUUGUUUUCAUCUUGUGGGGUCAGCUGAUGCUUUUGGCUUGGAAUUGCAAUGAAGUUCUGAUUGAGAGUGCCAAUUUGGCGAAAGCCUUAUACGAAAGCGAAUGGUACGAACAAGAUGCGCGAACUAAGGUUUUGAUAUACACUAUGAUAUUGAGAUGUCAGAAACCAUUAACUUUAAAUAUCGGACCCUUCGGUCCGAUGACAGCUGAUGCCGCUUUGUCACGGAUCAAAAUGGCAUAUUCAUAUACAACUUUGAUGACGGGCGACGACUUGAAGUAAAGCUUCUUUUUACUUGAUAAAGUAUAUGCCAAACGUCGCAUGCCCAUGAAGUAACUAAAACUUAAUAUCAUUUAAACAUUAUUAAACCAAAAGUAUUAAUGUAUU